UGCGAAUACAAAUGGUAUGUUCGAAUCAGAAAUUAUCUUCUCCAAAGUGUACACAAAAAAAUUACUUGAGCGAGAUGUUGGGUUUAGAAUGAGACAUUAGAAGACAUCAUAACAAAGAAGAAAAUGGGUGGAAGGAGAAAUAGGUAGGUGACAUUUACCACUACCGACUUGAAAUGAAACUAUUCAAUUAAACAACAAUAACUCAUCCCCAAAUAGCCCAGGUUGAAGCCCAAUAAAGUAGGCUGGGUCCAAAUGAACCAGGCUGAAGCCCAGUAAAGUAGGCUGGGUCCAAAUGAAAUAAAAUAAUUGAAGUGUUGUCAAUUAAACAUGGUUACUUAAGCUGAGGAUAUACAUUUGAAUGGUAGUUGAAACAAGAAUAGCUCCGCGAUCGCGAAUGGUAGGUUAUUACGAGAGAAUUUGUUUACUUAAGGAAGAAGGAUGUGCGUGCAUUUUGAGAGUGUCUGUUUACGGAGACGCUAACCUCGGCAUUAUUUCUGCAUCGGUUUAAGAGUAUCAAAAAUUUGAGUACGAUGGGACCUGGAGGCCCCGGCGGUGGCUGGGGUGGUGGACCUGGAGGCCCCGGCGGUGGCUGGGGUGGCGGACCUGGAGGCCCCGGCGGCGGCUGGGGUCCUGGGCCUGGAGGCCCCGGCGGCGGAUGGGGUCCUGGGCCUGGAGGCCCCGGCGGUGGGUGGGGGCCUGGAGGACCUGGUUGGGGUCCGGGACCUGGCGGACCUUGGGGUGGAGGUCCUGGUUUCUUUCCUGGAGGUGGAUUUUUUGGUGGGUUCUUCGAUGGUAUGUGCAACAUGAUUUCUUCUUGUUUGUCCUGCCUGUGCUGUUGUUGGUUGCUACAAGACUGUUUCGGUAGGCCCGGUGGUCCUGGCCCAUUCGGUCCUCCAGGUGGCCCCCGGCCCUUUUGAUUUUUAUCUGCCUUUAUAAGCACUGGGAUCGUUUCUUCUGGUGAUAUUUGUGUUGUAGCGUAACCUGUCGGUGUAUUUUUAUUUUAUACUUGUAAUAAUUUCGUUGUAUUAAACUAGAUAUUUCCUUUCUUUGCUGAUGAGUAACUUGAAACGUGCUAUAUUAAAUAAAUUGGAUAUGUAAUUUAUUGAGUAUAUGGACAGCAGGACAGGUGUUUUUUUUUUUUUUUAA